CGAACAGGUCAGACAUUUUGUUGUGGGAGACACGAAGAGACAACAUGGCCACAAAGAAAUCACCUCGCCAGACUAAGUCGGGUUUCGUAGAUUCCUGGCAGAGAGGGAAGUCUGUCAUCGAAUGCCUGAAACAUUCACUUCAACAAAAGAUACACGUUGACGUCACUUUCAACGUGGGGCAGACACGAAAGAGCGUGCAGGCGCACAAACUCAUACUGAGUCUGCGCAGUUGCGUGUUUGACUCUAUGCUGAAAGGCCCAAUGGCUAACCAAGAUAACAUCGCCAUACCCGACGUGGAAGCUGAGAUAUUUGAAGUGUUUCUAAACUAUCUGUAUACAGAUGACGUCAUGAUCAAUGGCGACAACGUAAUCGGCUUGCUGUAUGUAUCCAAGAAGUAUGACAUCAGUACCCUGGAACAGUUGUGUCUGACGUAUUUGUCGUCAUCGAUGACGUCAGACAACGCUUGCUCCGUAAUGGAGCAAGCCCAUAUUUAUGACGAAAUUCAGCUGAUGGAGAAAGCCUACAGUUGUAUUUUAUCAAAUGGUGAUGCCGCUUUGAAGUCAGCUGGAGUUACCUCUCUUUGCCACGAAUGCUUGGUUAAGAUCGUAAAACCGGACAAACUGAAUGCAGAUGAAAAAUCUGUCUUUGAAGCUGCUGUAGUCUGGAGUGAGAGCGCAUGCAGGAAACAAAACAAAGAUUUAAGUCCAGAAACCAGACGAGAAGUACUUGGAGAAGUCAUAACGCACGUGCGGUAUCCAUUACUGGAACAGAAAUAUUUCGUGAAAAAAGUGUCCCCCACCGAGGUACUGGAUGUUUAUGAAGAAAGAAAAAUAUUCAAGUAUUUUGUGUGUCCAGAUGAAAAUGUUUCUCCGUUUAACGCCAACAAGCGAGAACAGACAACCACAGAGAUUCACACACAACUUCUAACAAUACACAGAUUCCAGGACUGCGUGUGGCCCUGGCUGUGUUCAGGUGAUCGUGACGACGCAAUCAUGUUCUGUGUAAACCAAAACGCGUCACUGCGAGGAUUUCAGCUGUAUGGUGUCCCUUAUGAUAGUAGUAUUGCAAAGUAUGACGCCACAGCCUUCCUAACCAACGCGAUAACAGACGAACUAAUCGAAGGGUCACCAAUAAAAAAGACAUGCUUAGAUGGUGAUGAAGUAUAUGACGUAGAGUUUGUUCGUCCCAUACAGCUGACCAAAGAUGAGAAAUACAAUCUGGUUGUUAACAUUAAGGGACCUGACUCAUGGUGUGGGAUGUCAGGCAUAUUUAGAGUACAACACGGCUCCUUUGUGUGCUCGUUUUUUAACUCGCACAAAUCUAACCACAGUCAGAGAGGAUACCGCGGUAUAUAUGUUGAACACGGACAGAUUCCAGGUUUAUUAUUUCUGAUAUGAAAACCCGAGAUUACUCUCAUCAUAAUAUUUACACCAGCUACAUUUUUAAGAAAUGUUUGUUUCACAAAUUCUAGCAUGUCACGUGACAAAGCCAGGUUUGACAUAUAUAGCAAAUUUUGCUGUUCACACUAAAUGAUCAGAUGUUGCGUGACUGUUCAAAAUAUAAUAUUAAUCAGUUUGUGACAAAGUAUCUUCAUUACACAUCCUUUGGUUUGUUAUUUUUUGAUAACACAUAUACGUGUGAUAACAAUUUAAAAAGACAUUCGACUGGCUGCUCCUAGGUGAUAGUCUGGUCACCAGUGCCAUACCAUCCAAUGAUAAAAAAAACAUGAUCGAAAUCGAUCACUCUGCGAAGAAGACGUUGACCUGAAAUUGACAUUAUAGGGUUAUAAAUAGGUUUUAGUUGGAAUAGGGUUUUUAUUUUAUUUUAAAACUUUUUAUGAGGAUAUGUAAGAAAUAUAAUACUAAUAUUACAGUACCACUGAUGUAGUAUUGUAUAUUUAAAAUAUGUCUACUAAUAUUACUGUACCACUGAUGUAGUAUUGUAUAUAUAAAUUUGUCUAGUAAUGUUACUGUACCACUGAUGUAGUAUUGUAUAUUUAAAAUGAGUCUAGUGGUAUUACUGUACCACCGAUGUAGUAUUCCCUGUUUAAAAUCCAUCUAUUGAGUGCUCGGUUGAGGAGUUUGCGUCGCAAGAUCUAACCAUGUCAGUGGAUACAUUCAAACCAGUGCACCACAACUGAUCAAAUUACAUGGUAAAUGCUUUCGUGUCAGUGGGAAAGUCCAUAUAACAGAUGUGACCCUGUCGUACACUUGAACGUUAUUAUAAUAAUAACAUUAUGACAAACUUGAUUUUGUCGUUAUUAUGCUGGGUGCACACCCACUACAUAUAUAAUAAUAUAAACUCCAUUUUUAGGCCUUUUGAGGGCCUUGUUUCUGUGGUGGUAUUUUCUUGUUUUUUCUUCUGUUUCUUAUUCUUCCUGGUUACAAACGUCUACCCCUGUGCUUCUUAGUGUCAGUUUGUAAUAAUGUAACAAUUUAUCUUUGAAUAACACUAAGGUGAUUUCUUCUUCAUACUGUCGUCAGGUUACUCAACUAUGUGAUAGCACAUUCAUUAGUUGUGGCUGGCAGGGUUAGAACUAAAUUAUGACGUUUUCUUCGAUAUUCAGUGCCCUUUUUUUUUAUUUUUUUUAUUUAGAUAACUUUA